AACGAAUGAGCCACUUUUUGUCCAUUAAUCAAUCAUCGAUGAAUUUAUGUGUCAGCAAGGGCGUGGAGUUUAUCUUCUCGGUUGUUUUUUUGGCAAUAAAUUAUUGUACAGCUUAGUUUUCUAAAUGUUAGCUAGCGAGGAUGAGCAGACAGAUAUGUCAACAGACUCAACACAACAGUGACCCAUUUCGUUUUCGCCACCUGCAAGUUUGAAUACUCAAAGCUCCUUUCCUUAGUUCGAUUCUGAUCGAUUUUGGGCACGUGGGUUUUACCCAUUAUUUCUUCUUGAUCAUUCAAGUGCUCUUAGUUCUGGGAAUUUGAUAGCUUGGGCAAGUCUUCUUAGUGACCCAGAUGGGAUCGUUGAAGAGUGAAGAAGAAUUUGAACAAAUUGGAGAGGAUCCGAAGGAGACAAUAGUUUACGUUAAUGGGGUUCGCAGAGUUCUUCCUAAUGGAUUAGCCCAUUUAACCCUUCUUGAGUAUCUUAGAGAUAAUGGUUUGACUGGGACGAAGCUUGGUUGUGGCGAAGGUGGUUGUGGAGCAUGCACUGUUAUGGUUUCUAGUUACGAUGCAAAUUUUAAAAAAUGCAUGCAUUAUGCUGUUAAUGCUUGCUUGGCUCCUUUGUAUUCUGUAGAAGGGAUGCAUGUAAUAACAGUGGAGGGUUUGGGCAGUCAUAAGCGUGGAUUGCAUCCUAUCCAAGAGUCAUUGGCAAGCGCUCAUGGUUCACAGUGUGGAUUUUGUACUCCUGGUUUUAUCAUGUCUAUAUAUGCAUUAUUAAGGUCAAGUAAAAGUUCACCUAGCGAAGAGCAAAUUGAAGAAUGCCUUGCAGGAAAUUUGUGUCGAUGCACAGGUUACAGACCAAUUAUUGAUGCAUUCCGGGUCUUUGCAAAAACUGAUGAUGCAGUAUACACAAAUUCUUUGAAUACCAGUGAAACAGAUGAAUUUGUUUGCCCUUCAACUGGGAAGCCAUGUUCUUGCAAAUCUAAAUCUACGAAUGAGAGGGUUGACUGUAGAAAAAGUAUAGCUUGUGGCAAUAGGUGUGAGCCAGUUUCUUAUAGUGAGAUUGAUGGCAGCACAUACUCAGAUAAAGAACUUAUUUUCCCUCCUGAGCUGUUUCGAAAGAAAUUAAGUUAUUUGAAUUUGAGUGGGUUUAAUGGGAUUAAAUGGUUUCGGCCCACAACACUUCAAGAAGUGUUAGACUUGAAGGCCAGAUACCCUGAAGCCAAGUUAUUGGUUGGUAAUACUGAGGUAGGAAUUGAAAUGAGGUUGAAGAAAAUGCAGUAUAAGGUUCUGGUUCAUGUUAUGCAUGUUCCUGAGUUAAAUAUGAUGAAUGUGAGAGACGAUGGCAUUGAGAUAGGAGCUGCAGUACGAUUAUCGGAACUUCUGAGCAUUCUAAGAAAGGUUACAGCGGAGCGUUCUGCAUAUGAAACUUCAUUUUGCAAAGCAUUUAUUGAACAGUUAAAAUGGUUUGCUGGGACACAAAUAAGAAAUGUUGCUUCUGUCGGUGGGAACAUAUGUACAGCAAGUCCUAUAUCAGAUUUGAACCCUCUCUGGAUGGCUACAAGAGCAGAGUUCAGAAUUAUUAAUUGCAAGGGAAAGAUUAGAACAACAUUGGCUGAAAAGUUUUUCCUGGGAUAUCGAAAAGUGGAUUUGGCGAAUGAUGAAUUCUUACUCUCUGUAUUCUUACCAUGGAGUAGGCGCUUUGAGUAUGUGAAGGAGUUUAAGCAGGCUCAUAGGCGAGAUGAUGACAUUGCCAUUGUAAAUGCUGGUAUACGUGUUUUUCUUGAGGAAGAAGGUAAAAAUUGGGUUGUUUCGGAUGCAUCCAUCGUUUAUGGUGGGGUUGCUCCAUUAUCACUUUCUGCAAUAAGGACUAAAAAGUAUCUAAUUGGGAAAAUUUGGGAUCAAGUGCUACUCAAAAAUGCAUUGAAAGUCUUAGAAGAAGAUAUUUUGCUGCAGGAAAAUGCUCCCGGAGGUAUGGUGGAGUUCCGCAAAUCUUUAACUCUAAGCUUCUUCUUUAAAUUUUAUCUUUGGGUUUCUCAUGAGAUGGGGAGGUAUAAUCUUGUUGGGGAGAAAGUUCCAUUGUCACAUCUCUCUGCUGUAAAGUCAUUUCAGCGGCCACAUGUUAUUGGAAGUCAGGAUUAUGAGAUCAAAAGACAUGGGACGGCUGUUGGCUCUCCUGAGGUUCAUCUUUCUGCAAGACUUCAAGUCACAGGAGAGGCAGAAUAUACAGAUGACAUACCUUUACCUCCUCAUGGUUUGCAUGCUGCUUUGAUUCUGAGCAAGAAGCCUCAUGCUCACAUGCGUUGCAUAGAUGACUUGGAAGCCAGGAAAUCUGCUGGUUUUGCCGGCAUCUUCCUGGCCAAAGACAUUCCAGCUGAUAAUAAGAUUGGGGCAGUUAUUCAUGAUGAGGAACUUUUUGCUUCAGAAUUUGUCACUUGCGUGGGACAGAUUAUAGGAGUGGUAGUUGCUGAUACUCAUGAAAAUGCGAAAUUAGCAGCACGAAAGGUUCAUGUAGAAUACGAGGAUCUCCCAGCUAUACUAUCAAUUGAGGAUGCUAUCCUUGCUAAGAGUUUCCAUCCCAACACCGAGAAGUGUUUGAAGAAAGGGGAUGUGGAAUUUUGCUUCCAGUCAGGUCAGUGUGAUAAGAUCAUUGAAGGUGAAGUUCAAGUGGGAGGUCAGGAACACUUUUACUUGGAGCCAAAUAGUAGUGUGGUAUGGACAUCGGAUUCUGGUAAUGAAGUUCAUCUGGUUUCAUCAACACAAGCUCCUCAAAAACACCAGAAGUAUGUUUCUAGUGUUCUUGGCAUUCCAAUGUCCAAAGUAGUUUGCAAAACCAAACGAAUUGGGGGUGGAUUUGGGGGGAAGGAAACAAGGUCAGCUACAUUUGCUGCGGCGGCAUCAGUCCCCUCAUUUUUGUUGAAUCGGCCUGUGAAGAUCACAUUAGACAGGGACACAGACAUGAUGAUUACAGGGCAGCGACAUAGCUUUCUUGGAAAGUAUAAGGUUGGGUUCACAAAUGAGGGAAAACUGAUGGCUCUUGAUUUGGAAAUCUACAACAAUGGUGGAAAUUCAUUAGAUCUAUCCCUUGCUAUCCUUGAACGUGCCAUGUUCCACUCGGAUAAUGUAUAUGAGAUACCAAAUGUGAGGAUUCAGGGAAAGGUUUGUUUCACAAAUUUUCCUAGUAAUACUGCUUUCCGUGGAUUUGGUGGUCCUCAAGGCAUGCUUAUUACGGAAAAUUGGAUUCAAAGAAUUGCUGUUGAACUUAAGAAAAGCCCAGAAGAGAUAAGGGAAAUCAAUUUCCAAGGUGAAGGCUAUAUGCUUCACUAUGGUCAGCAAGUUCAACACUCUACCCUGGGGCCACUAUGGGAUCAACUUAAGACAUCUUGUGAUUUCACUAAUGCUCGUAAAGAAGUUGAGCAAUUUAACAGCCAAAAUCGGUGGCGGAAGCGUGGCGUAGCUAUGGUUCCUACAAAGUUUGGCAUAUCAUUUACAUUAAAGCUAAUGAACCAGGCAGGUGCCCUGGUUCAUGUCUAUACUGAUGGGACAGUUUUAGUUACACAUGGAGGUGUUGAAAUGGGGCAAGGAUUGCAUACAAAAGUUGCACAGGUUGCUGCUUCUGCCUUUAAUAUUCCUCUAAGUUCUGUCUUCAUAUCAGAGACAAGUACGGACAAGGUUCCAAAUGCAUCUCCUACUGCAGCUUCUGCCAGCUCUGAUAUGUAUGGAGCUGCAGUUUUGGAUGCAUGUGAGCAAAUCAAGGCGAGGAUGGAACCUAUUGCUUCCCAACAUAAUUUCAGCUCUUUCGCAGAGCUGGCAUCUGCAUGCUACGUGCAAAGGAUCGAUCUCUCUGCCCAUGGUUUCUUUAUCACACCUGAAAUCGGGUUUGAUUGGUCAACUGGAAAAGGAAUUCCCUUCAGAUAUUUCACUUAUGGUGCUGCAUUUUCAGAAGUGGAAAUUGAUACAUUAACUGGAGACUUUCACACUCGGUCAGCAAAUGUUUUCCUAGAUCUUGGACAUUCUCUCAAUCCAGCCAUUGACGUUGGCCAGAUUGAAGGAGCAUUUGUACAAGGAUUGGGUUGGGUAGCUCUAGAAGAAUUGAAAUGGGGAGAUACAGCUCAUAAAUGGAUUGCCCCUGGUACUCUGUAUACUGCUGGACCUGGAAGUUACAAGAUUCCAUCUAUUAAUGAUGUCCCUUUCAAAUUUAAUGUUUCUCUUUUGAAGGGUCACCCGAAUGUUAAGGCGCUCCAUUCAUCAAAAGCAGUGGGAGAACCUCCAUUCUUUUUGGCCUCGGCUGUCUUUUUUGCAAUCAAAGAUGCCAUAAUCGCCGCAAGGAAAGAGGCAGGGCAUGACGAUUGGUUUCCUCUUGAUAAUCCCGCUACACCGGAGCGAAUCCGAAUGGCUUGUUUGGAUGAAUUCACUACUCCAUUUGCUGGUCCAAAUUUCCGUCCCAAGCUUAGCAUAUAAUGCAGUUUUAUAUUAAUUUAGUGCUCAUGUUGUAGGAAACCUUGCAAAAUAAUCAUUUGUAUGUGUAUAUUCAUAACAAAACUUUGGAAUAAAAGUGGGUUAUAACUUAUAAGCCAAUUUUAUCUUUUUUAUCA